UUUUUCUCAUUUCCUUAUCCCCAAACAACCCCCAAAACAAAAGGAGACACCCUGCACCACCACCGUUCCACCAAAUAAAACAGAGAAUAACAUAACAUGGCACACAGCACCAACCACAGGCGCAUCUUAGCAUCAUCCCUAGACUUCGACUCCCCCAUUAAUCAUCAUCCAUCAUCAACAUCCAUGGAUCCCACUCUCAAAAGCAAAAAGCACCCCAAACCCACAAAUCCAGAUCCCAUUGUACCCUCUUCCGAACUUCUUUUCAUGUCAAAAUCAGGCCUAAAUCUUAAAACAACCCAAAAACCCACCAAGCACCUACCCUCACCGCCACCUAAUUGCAUAGAUAUCCACUUGCAAGCCAAAGCCAUGACUGUCUCUGCUGAUUUUGAUGCUUGUAGGUUUUCAAUCAUCAAACCGAAACACCAGCAGCCCAAGAAGAAGGUUAUUGGAACAAAAGUAGUGGAAAAAUUAGAGAGCAAAACAGCAACUGCGAAGGGAGACGAAUCAUCUAAAGAUCAAAGGGUCAAGAAACUGUCAUCUAAAGAUCAGCAGCAGCUGGACAAUAGGAAGAAAGCUGAAGAGUUUGCAGGAGUGAAUGAAACGAAAUCCAAGGAAGUGGUAACUUCUACGGUGAAAGAUAAAAAGGAAGUGAAGGCUCAUCAUGAUCUACUUGAAUGGAAUGAUAUGAAUAAGAGCAUGCCAUCAGUUUCAUUGACAGGAAGGAGGAGAUCCUUUUGUGGGUCACAAGUAGAGUUGACAGAUUUUCUUGCAAGCAACGGUGCUAAAAUUGUUUCAGUUGACAUGCCACCAUUUAUGCAGAUCCAUGCUAUUCGUUGCGCCAGGAAUACUUGUGAUAGUCUUGAGAAGUUCACCUCCAGGACCCUUGCAUCCACCCUCAAGAAGGAGUUUGACAAGACAUAUGGGCCGGCUUGGCACUGCAUUGUGGGGUCAAGUUUUGGGUCUUUUGUGACGCAUUCAGUUGGGGGGUUUCUAUAUUUCUCCAUGGAUCAAAAGGUGUACAUCUUGUUGUUCAAGACAACAGUACAAAGAGCAGAUUGAUGAGUGGAUUGUAUGAUUUGGAAGCACAGGCAUAGAUAGUUGCGAAGCCGAAAGUUAUAAACAAAAAGCCUUCUUGUCUCCUCUCGCAGAUUGUAUAUUUGGUUUGCUUAGGAAAGCAGAAAUAUAAAAUAUAUAUGAUAUGAAAAAUUUACCUUUUCUCUAA